GAAGCGGAAGGAUACCGCUCAAACAAACAUGUCGGCGGUCAAUUGAAAAGUUGCCACCAGUCAAUUUUUAGGUAAUGGUGUGUGUGUGUGAGUGUGUUUGUGUUUUAUGUUUGAACUUUGCGUGCAAACCACAGGUUGACACGUUAAGUAGACGAGGACUCCACGAAAAGAGGCAGGACAUUCGUUAUUAUCAGAAAUAAUGCUGAUAUCUGGGACUCAUGUCGGACGUCGUGUAUGAAGAGAAAGCCACGAUGAUUGCCGCAGGGGAAUUGCAGUCGUUUGUCCCGUUUGGCCGUGAUCACUGCAAGAACCACCCCAACGCCUUCAACCUGCAAUUGCGGGAGCUGCAGCCCGCCUCUGAGCUCUGGUCGUCGGACUGCGCCGCCGGCCUGGCGGGGUCUUUGCAGGAGGUCAGCCUGCAGGAGAGGGAGCGGGAAAGUUGGCAGUUGAGGAAGGGCUGCGUGGAAGCCCCAGAGGAGGAUGUGGAGUUUGAAGAGGAGCUUUACACGGCAGGCAACGUGGUGGUCUGGACCAAGGGCAGCCGGGCGCAUGGCUCAAACAUUUACAAGGCGUUCACUGUGGACAGCCCUGUGGAGCAGGCCUUAUGGUGUGACUUUGCUGUUCCUCAGAGCAAGAAUGACGAAGAAAAGGUGGAGCACACGGUGUGUAUCCUACAGAACGGAUGCGUCAACAUUCACACUGUGACCGGCAAGGAUUUCCUCUCGCCUCUGCCGUUCCAAGUGUCCAAAGCCUGGUCGACCAAGUUUGGACUUUUGCUGGAGCGUAAAAUCACAGCAGCUGACGGACAGCUCAGCGCGCCAGGCGAGUCUCUUCCCACCUUGUUCAGCAUGCUGCAUCCGAUAGAUGAAGUGGCACCAGUGGUGUGCAAACCCACAGGUCUGUUUGACUGCACUCGCGUGGAGUACAUGUCCGACUCCGCCACAAAGAUUGUCUUCACCUGCUGUCGGCCUUCCAUUGUCGUCUCUUACGACAGUGAGCAAGGAACACACUCGGUGUGGAGCCUGCGCAGGGUCACGUGUGAGGAGCGCUCUUCUGUGCUUAGUUGUGUCACGGAGCCCUUCACUGAACCUCUGGGCUUCCUGGCCACAAGCUUUCUUAUGUCACACCUGCGCAACCACUCUCGCCUGGACUCCCCGUCCAGCAGCAAGGCAACCAGGUUAAAUCCUGCUGUUGGAGCAAGCCACCAGAACAGAAUUCUUAUGUCCUCACCAGCAAUGCAAACACGCAUCCAUUCCCCAGGCAUAUCCAAGAUGGCCGCUCUCAGUCGCGACCACUCUCCGGGCAUGGCGGCACCGUCCUUAUCGGGCGUGGCUCGCUUCAACACGACCCUCCACGCUUCGUCACCCGUGGGCCACCACCAGGGAGCGUCACACUCGCCCAACAGCACCAUCAAUGAGACAGUGCUGAAGCCCAUCAUCCCAGACCUAUGCAUGGAGCAGCUGUGGAGCGAGGCGACUGCUAUUCACAGCCUGGACAGAGAGAUGAGCAGCCAGGCCUCCAAAGUGUUCCUGACAUCUGACCUCUGUGAGAACCGCUACCUCUGUUUCCUGGUGGAGUCACACCAGCAACUCAGAUGUGUGAAAUUCGUCGAGAGCAACGACACAUCUCAGCUCAUCUUUGCCUCUGUGACGAGCAUCGCUGCCAAAGAUGCGGAGCCUCUGCAGAACAUCGACGCAAUGCUGGUUUUGGAGGCUUGCGGCAACCUGGUUCUCUACACGGGGGUCACCCGGGUCAGCCAGGUGUUUGUGCCCGGCCUCCUGCCGUCUGCUUUCAGUUUGAACAACCACCGCGGUGGCCUCUACACGCCGCUGGAGCAAGUUAGCACACCUGCUAAUGCUAACGGCAGGCAUUUGCAAAGAAUGGACGAGGCUGCCAUGCCCUCACCAGUGUCUGAGCUAAGGGUUCCAAUCAUGAAGCACCACGAAGCAUCUUUUUUAGAGGACUACACCUUCCAGCAGUCCAUGCCCUACAUCCACGCCCUGCGGGACCCCGUCAGCAACCGUGUAACUCUGGAACUAAAUAAUGGCUCUAUGCUGAGAAUCUCCAUGCCGGACAUUGCAGUCUCGGAACUGGUGAGGAAAUGUCUUCAGGCCAUCCGUUUUAUCCUGCCCAAGGAAGCUGCCAUGAAGGUUUUGGUGAAGUGGUACACCAUCUACAAUGCCCCCGGCGGCACCAGCGGCCACGGCGAGUGGAACCUGUUUCUCACGUGUUUCCUGAAGCUGAUGGGCUACAACACCGAGCGCCUGACCUGGACGCGAAAUCUGAAUUUUGAAGUACCGCUCUCGCCGGUGAUUGCGGCCAAGAAAGCGCGUCCCUGUGAUGGAGGAUCUGAUGAGGACUGGGAAUACUUGCUGGGAUGUCAUUACCACCACCAGAUGGAUUCCCACCGUGUCAACAGACCAGCAGACUCAAGUGGCUUUAACGCGAAAGUCAUCCCGGACGAGGAGGACCUCUCGUCGGCAUCGCCCCCCUCCGCCACCUUGGACAACACGGCACCCCUCUUCGCUCACAUUCCAACCCUCUUCUACGUUCUGCACUUGCUCUACCAGGAGCUGCUGCUCAACGAGCUGCACCGAGAGAGGGCCUCGUCCCUCGUGUGUCUUCUGCAGCAACUUGCAAGAGACCUGCAAUUGGAGGACUACAUGGAUCUGUACUGGAGAGACUACCCCUCAUUAAUCAAUGGAUUCACAGAGAGCUACCUCAUUGACCAGUCUCUGAUUGCUCAGAUGCAGCAUCCGUCUUUUCUGCGUGCGGAGCCUCCCUGUGUCUUCAGCUGGCUCAGUAGGUGCCUCCGAGGGGAGGAUGUCCAGCCUUUCCCCUACCUGCCCGAUGUCUGCCUGAGGAUUCGGCUGUUGGUUUUGAGUUACGCUCUCUACAUCGGCGGUGACGACAAAGCCACUACGUCCAAUGUGUCCAAGUAUCUGGUGAAGCUCUCUGCAGGCCAAAAGACCACUGAGCAGCAGUACAGAAGACAAACAAGUAUGAAUCAAGUCAAAUCCUGCAAUGAGAGUCUGGCUGAGCAGCUCGUUGUCUGGCUCACCUCGCAAGGGUUCACUCUCAAGGACCUGGAGUCUGUCCCUUUUGGAGUGGCGCUGCCCAUUCGAGAUGCCAUCUACCACUGCCGAGAACAGCCCUGCGCCAACUGGUCAGAGGAGGUUUGCCUGUUAAUCGGCCGGCAGGAUCGCACCAGACAGGCCCACAACAUGGCCCUGGCGAAAAGCAAAACUUCUGUGGGGUCUAGUUUGUCCUUGGAACCUCCCGCGACCACAGAAGCUGACGAGGAUGAGGACGGCAUGUCGGACAUCAUCCAGGAGGUCACAGGACUGAUCUGGAGUCAGGAUUUGAGAGUCCAGGAGGUCCGCAGGCUCCUGCAGAGCUCCAAGCCAGUCCGGGUCUGCGUCGUCCAGCUCCCAGAGGUCUCAGAUCAUGAAUACAUCGAGGAGAAAGAGAAUAAGCGAGUCCCCUUUGCCUGUGUCAUUGAAGCAAUAAAUACUAUCUGUCAUUUAGUCCUUUUAACACCCUCUUCAUCAUCUUGCACCUUUUCCAGACUCCUUCAGCUCUGUCAAAGGACCAUGUCUCUCCCAGUGGGAAGGGGCCUGUUCACUUUGUUUUCCUACCAGCCUGUGCCCACUGAACUUUUAGCCAUCCCUAAACUUAACCUCACAGGUCGUGCCCCGCCCAGGAACACCAUGGUCGACUUGAACAGCGGGAACAUUGACGUCCCUGCCAACAUGCCCAGCUGGCCUAGCUUCCACAACGGUGUGGCUGCCGGACUCAAGAUUGCACCCGCGUCGCAGGUGGACUCGGCUUGGAUCGUCUACAACAAGAACAAGAACCAAGAGAUGGCCAAUGAGCAUGCUGGCUUCCUCAUGGCGCUGGGCCUCAAUGGGCACCUCACUAAACUUGGGACACUCAACAUUCACGACUACCUCGCCAAGGGCCACGAGAUGACCAGCAUCGGGCUCCUACUGGGCGUGGCAGCGGCCCGACUGGGCACCAUGGACGUGUCGACCACUCGCCUACUCAGCAUACACAUCCCCGCCCUUCUUCCUCCUACCUCCACUGAGCUGGAUGUCCCACACAACAUUCAGGUUGCUUCUGUAAUUGGCAUCGGGCUUGUGUACCAGGGAACGGGACACAGACACAUUGCUGAAGUUCUUCAGUCAGAAAUAGGCCGACCUCCAGGUCCGGAAAUGGAAUAUUGCACAGACAGGGAGUCCUAUUCUCUAGCUGCAGGAUUAGCUCUCGGAAUGGUUUGCCUUGGGCAAGGCAGCAACCUGAUUGGGAUGAGCGACUUAAACGUUCCGGAGCAGCUGUAUCAGUACAUGGUCGGGGGCCACCGCAGGCCCCCGGUCGGAGCCAGCAGAGAGAGACACAAGUCUCCCAGUUACCAGAUCAAGGAAGGCGACACUAUCAAUGUGGAUGUGACCUGUCCCGGGGCCACACUGGCGCUCGCCAUGAUCUACUUGAAGACCAACAACCGGUCCAUCGCUGACUGGCUGAAGCCUCCAGAUACUUGGUUCCUGUUGGAUUUCAUCAAGCCGGAGUUUCUUCUGCUCAGGACGCUGGCCAGGUGCAUCAUCAUGUGGGAUGACAUCCUCCCAAAUACGGAAUGGGUCAAAAGUAACAUACCUCAGAUCAUGAGGGGGAAUCAUUUGGACUCACCAGAAAGUGUUAACUUGGAGACGUGGAUUCAAGUGCAAGACUACAUCACAGCCGGAGCUUGUAUGGCACUAGGCCUGCGCUUCGCCGGAUCUGCUAACUCGGAUGCCUUUGACUGCCUCUACGAAUUUGCCAAGAGCUUCAUGAAGGUUAUGUCCUUUUACGGUUCACCCGCUAUGGAGCCGGGCUGCUACAACAUACAGACGGCGUUGUCCAUGAUUCUACUGUCCAUGUCCAUGGUGAUGUCCGGCACAGGCAACCUGAAGGUGCUGCAGCUCUGCCGCUUUCUGCACUACCGUACAGGCAGCGAGAUGAACUACGGCUUUCAUAUGGCUCAUCACAUGGCCCUUGGCAUGCUCUUCCUGGGAGGGGGGAGGUUCAGCUUGAGCACCUCCAACUCGGCCAUCGCCGCUAUGUUGUGUGCCCUCUACCCUCACUUCCCCUCACACAGCACGGACAACCGGUAUCACUUGCAGGCACUGAGACAUCUCAUUGUGCUGGCCGCCGAGAGCCGCCUGCUGGUGCCUGUUGACGUCGACUCCCUCAAGCCUUGCUACGCUCUCCUGGAGGUCACCUACAAGAAAACGGAUUGGUAUGACGAGACCACGGUAGAGCUCAUGGCUCCCACUAUGCUGCCUGAGCUGGACCUCCUCAAGCAGGUUCGAGUAAAGGGUCCUCGUUAUUGGGAGCUUUGUAUUGACUUGGUCAAAGAAGUGCAGCAUCUCAAGUCUGUCCUCUCCAAGGACGGCGUGUUGUACGUGAAACUCCGAGCCGGACAGUUGCCCUAUAAGGACGACCCCCAGGGUUGGAAAAGCCUACUGGGCUCUGCUGUCAACCAGCGCAGCUCUGGAAUCAGAGCCUUUAAGCUGGAGGCCAUCUCCACCUUCACCUCGGAGCCAACCCUGCUCUCCUUCGCGGAGUUCUUCUGCAAGGCGCCCGAUGGAAUGCAGCACCCAAAGGAAACGGUGGCGCUGUUCUCAGCCAUGUUGUACGAGUGUGUGGCGCAGGAAUGUCCGGAGAUGCUGCCCACGUACAUCGCUAUCCAGCAGGCGGUAGGCGCUCUUUGCCGUGGCGAGUUGCAGCACAGCUUCGCCCUGUGGCAGAUGCGCCUGGUGGUGGAGCUUUGGGAUAGCAGGUUGCUACGGCGUCCCGGCAACUGCCACGACGCGCUACUUUCCUCAGAGUUUUUACCGGUCAUGAAGAACAAGGUGGAUGUUGCGCUGGACAGCUGGCUCAAAGACAACAGCUCAGCGUUGAAGUCUUACAUUGGCAGCAAGGCUCUCCCCGAUGGUACCCGGUCGCCCAUGUUGGCCUGCUUUCUGGUUUACCGCUCUGUCCCCUGCCUCAGGAACAAACUCACGCAGCUUCAAGGCUGCGCUUCACUCGGGCACUUGUUGUCCAGCAGCAGCCAGUUGGGAAUCCCACUCAGAGACCUGCUCAGGCUCGCGCCGGUCCUGCUGAAGGCUGAAACAGGCCCAUAUAUGCAACUUGGCUUCCCCUUGCUCGCACACUGAAUCUUGAGUUCUCUCAAAGCCUUAUAGUCCGUUCCUUUCUGCAUGUGUUACAGGUAACCUCUGUGGAAAUCUGAUUGGAAAUAAAGACUUUUGUAAUAUAA